AUGCGUUACUCAAUUGUCUUCGCUGCCGUGGCUGCCACCACCGUCUCCGGCCACGGUGUUAUCCGAUCCAUCGCCGGCGCCAAUGGUGUCAUCAUGCCCGGUCUCGGUGUUGCUGACGGCACCCCUCGCAACUGCGUCGUCAAUUCUUGCGGCGCUCAGGCUGACACUUGCAUCAUCCGUGACAACGAAAUCGCCUCGGGCAAGUAUGGUCCUCUCGGUUGGACCCAGGGCUCCGGUAAUGUCGACCCUAAUGCCGUCAUCGCCAACUUCAUGGGCAAGGGCAACGCGCCGCCCAGGAACAAGGGUGCUUCCGACUCGGUUGGCGUCGAGGACAAUCUCCAGGGCCUCUUGACCCCCAAGGAACGCCGCGACAACGAAAUGAAUAUGAUGGGCAAUCUCUUCCAGGGCAUUGCCAACCUUCCCAUCGUCGGUACUCUGGGCUUCGGCGGCUCCCGAAAGACCUACCCGACGGAAACUAUGAAUGCCGAUAUGCGCGGCCAGGGUGCGAAGUCUGGUCUUCCCACUGCUGAUGAGAAUGGCAUUGUCAACGUGGUUUACCGACAGAUCAACCAGGAUGGCGCUGGGCCCACGACUGCCGCCGUUGACUGCGAGUCUGGUGGCAAGGACCCCAAGAAAUUCAAGACCGCCAGAGUCGUCCGUGAUGUCCCAGGAUCCGGUAUCUCCGGCCUGUCCAUCGCUACCAACACCGACUACGCUAUGCAGGUCCAGAUUCCCCAGGAUUGCGCAUGCACAGGUGAGGCUGGCGGCGUGAAGAACGUCUGCAUUCUUCGUAUUCGCAACCAGGCUCUUGCCGGGCCUUUCGGUGGCGCUGUUGCUUUCACCCAGAGCAAGGCCAGCCACAAGCGUGCUCUCGAGUACCGUCUCCAGAAGCGCGACGAGUAA